AUGGAACACAAAGACUUGACAGCCCUUGAGCGAAAAGUCGUUAUUGUCAUAGCUGGCUUGUCCGACAAUGGUCUGGCCAUCAUCCGACCACUCGUAACUCGCGGGGCUUCCGUAGUCAACGGCGAUGCGCUGGGUGUCCAAGGAGAAGAUGAGGGCGAAUACAGGUACGUCACAACAGACGUAGCUAGAUGGUUAGGUCUCCUUGGUCUGUAUCAGGAAGCAAAGCCUACAUAUGACCCCUUCGACCAUGUCUUCGCUAAUGCUGGCCUCGGCGUUCGUGCCAGCUAUCUGUCCACGCAGCUCAACGAGAAAUGUGGUCCAGCUGAGCUUUCGAGCCAGGUUGUGGACGUCAACCUUGAAGACGUUAUCAACACGUCCACCAUCGUGUCCCAUCGCUUGCGAAAGGAGGCUGGAGGAGGUGGUGUUGUUUUCCCGGGGCUUAGCACGGGUCUGCAGCGUUGCCGAGUCGUCGACUACGCUGCGGCCGAACAUGUUAUCCAUAUCCAGCGCGACAGACUGGCUGAGAUUGACGAGACUGUAUUGCUUGUAGGCUACGGAAAAGAAGUUAACGGCAAACUCGAACCGGCCGAGGAUGAAGUUCUGAAACGGCUUGCAGCGGCCGCAGCAUAG